AGAUACACCAACUUUCAGGGGAAAACUAAGAGGAUGGAAUCGAAAGAACUGAUACUAAAGCUACCAAAUAAUAGAUAUUUCUUGGUAGCAUUGGUUCUAUCAGUGCACACCAUGCUGUUAACUAGAGUAACAACGGGGUUUUCGAAGGCGUUGAAUGCUCGUCGAGUAUUGCAGUCUACGUCGUCAGGAUUUUUUUCCUUCCACGACAACGGCAAGAACAACSGGCAUACUAAGAUAAAGUACGAACAAGGGARCCGGUGUCAACGAUCGGGUAUAAGUUCCUUGUCGAUGUCGACAGCAGAGCCCACAAUACCUUCGGCAACGACAGCUGCAGCCAGGGCAGCCGAAGUCACAGUUGUCACUAAGGAAGCGGUACCACAGGUGGUCUCUGUUCCGAACAAAUUUGUUCCUAAACCGUUUGACUAUCACCAGCAACUAACCAUCAAAAUUGAUUCUUUGACAAACAUGGGAUGGGGUGUCGGMAGAGUCAAACUAUCUGAAGAAAAAACGACUGAUAGCUUUGCAGACRACAAUAGCAGCGACAAUACCGACGGAGAAGAAAUGGAUGAGCGGAUGUGGGUAGUUAUGGUUCCCCAUGUGUUGGUUGGGGAAACAGUCAGAGUGAGCAUUUUCCGCAACAUGAAGGGCCACAGCGAAGCCGAUCUCGUAGAAAUUGUCGAGCCCAGCCCGGAACGCGUGGUCCCCAAGUGCUCGCUGGCAGGUACCUGUGGAGGCUGCCAGUAUCAACACAUGUCGAUYAAAGCCCAGCGCGAAUGGAAAACAAAACACGUUGAAGAAGUUUUGAUGCAGCAAGAUAUUCAAGGCUACAACACGCCCGAACUUCUCGACGUUUUGCCAACGUCUGGGACCGACGARGUCUAUGGGUACCGUUCCAAAAUUACGCCUCAUUACCAGGCACCAAUCGAGAAUCCCGAUGGGACCUUCGAAUUGCAGGCGAUUGGUUUUCAACGAUCUUCCAACCGCAAUCUCGUGGACGUCCCCGAGUGCUUCAUUGCCAUGCCGGACAUCAACAAAAAAUACAAGGAGACUCGGGUACGGUUGCACGAAGAGGCCAAACGGGGCCUUCUAAACCAACCACCAAARAAGAAAAAGAAGAGGCGAAGRGGCAGUAGAGGAGGAGCCAAAGGAGCGACCCUAUUGUUCCGUCAGGCCGAUGACGAAGAUGACGAAAACGGUAUCUCAAAGCCAUUGGUGGUGACCGAUAACAACCAAUACAUGACCACUACCAUCAAGGGUUUGAAAUUCCGAUACAUUGCCGGAAACUUUUUCCAAAACAACAAUUAUGUUGUCCCUCUGAUGGUCGAUGCCGUUGUAAAAGCUGCAUCAAUUCCAGUUUCAGCCACGGGCAAACCUCCGUCUAAACUUAUUGAUUGUUAUUGUGGAUCGGGCCUCUUCGCCAUCAGUGCGGCAUCUAAUUUCGACUUGUGCGUUGGUAUUGAACUGAAUGCUAAGGCCAUUGAAGAAGCGACGGCAAAUGCUGUCUCCAAUGGCAUUACCAACUGCCAAUUCAUGGCUGCCAGUGCAGAAGCAAUUUUCACCAGUCCACCCGAAAUCACGGUUGCUGGCUUUGAACAAGAGCGGGUCCAGACCUUCGAUCGGCAAGAAACGGUAGUCAUCGUGGAUCCGCCUCGUAAGGGGUGUUCGGAAGAAUUUUUGAAACAGCUCUACGACUACAAUCCUCAACGAAUCGUUUACAUGAGCUGCGGCCCUGCCACUCAAGCUCGGGACGCCAAGGGGAUCGUAGAGGUGGGUGGCUACGAAAUAACGKCAAUUCAACCUUUUGAUCUGUUUCCUCAGACCAAACACAUCGAGUCGCUAGUCGUCUUUGAAAAAAAAGAAUCAUAAUUCUUUKAGUUUAGCACGCGAAGCCAUYGGAUCUAAGUGAUUGAAAUAAAUAAUUUAUCAUUUA